UCUUCGUCAGUCGUUCCUCGUUUCGUUCCGGUUGAGGUCGAUAGUCUCCAGUCUCCAAAUCGCAAAGAAGCAAGAAUCCCGAAGGGCAUCAAUUCCUAAAAACCAAACUAAUUACACUCAGAAUUUGAUUAGUUUUCAAGGGAAGGGAGCCAAAGCUCUUGCCUUAUUUUUAACUUCCCUAGCACCUCUCUGAUACAAAAGGAAACAUGUUCAAACGGGUUCUCUGCUGAUCACCACUUUGCCGAGUUCUGGAGAAGUUUCGACCCAACGGCGAUUUCGACCAGUUUUGACGACCUGCAACAAUGGCGACAAGAGCAAGCCUUCGAUUUGACAAUACGACAGAGCCCCGUUUUUGGGAGGCCUUAGCCGAUGAAAUCUCUCAAGUGUUUUUGGAAACCUGGGUUUGCCUCAUUCGUCAUAGAAGCAUCGUGUGAAAAGCCACACGUAUUUCCUCGGACAGCAGAUGAAGCUCAUCAAUUGCACCAAUUUCACCGAGGCGCCUGGUACUACCUCAUAACAAAGAUGUUGGAUCUACUAGAUACUGUGUUUAUGGUCGCUCAUAAGAAAACCCCUGGCUUCCUUCAUUUAUACCACCAUUCAACGAUGCUGCUCGUAGUAUUCUUUGGAUUCAAAUACGUUAGACCAAUUCACACUGUGUUCCCAAGUAUAACGAAUAAUUUGGCUCAUGUAUUCAUGUACACCUACUACCUUAUCUGCCUUUUCAAUCCUGGAUUUGGCCAGCGGUAUAAAGGCAUAAAAAUGGCCAUCACUGGAUUCCAAAUUGCCCAAUUCAUUGGUAUCAUAAUUCACUGCGUGGCCUAUAAUUUCUUGUGCCCUGUACAAAAGAUCAUAGUCUGCGUGCUGUUCUUCCAAAACUCCGUGUUUCUUGUUUUAUUCUCAAACUUUUUCAUCAAAUCAGAUCUCACCAGCGAUAAGAAGACAAAGCCUGAAAUCGCCGCUUCCAAGAAAAAAGUUUCAUAGGACAGUACGUCACUUGGACUGGCUAUUGUUUGUAAAAGUUCCUUUUUAAAACCUUUAGUCUGUAGUUUUGAGAGAAUUGUUCAGAAGCUGCUCUUUUCAGGGUUACUAAGGAUAAUUUAACAAAAUGGUUACUAGCUAUAGAAAAUGAAAUAGUGUCUCCCUGUUCCAAGAAUGAGGAUUUCGGUUCUCAUUCUCGAGAUGGCAAAAAAAUGACCUCGAUGGUACGAAGAGGCUGCUUCAGAUUCGGACCAGACUCUAUCUGAGCCCUUAAAAUUGUAUGAAAUUCUGUGAUAACACAUUUUUUAAGUAAUACAUACGCUUAAGGGCUAACAUAAUUUAAAAGUACUAAAGCAAAUCCCGAGGACUUGUAUAAUCUGAGAGAUGUACAAAUCCGCAGGUAAUUCAGAGAAAAAAUAAAGGUAAUAAUAAAAUCGAUGGAAAAAUCGGGGGGCAGGGGUGUAUUAUGUUGCUAUUCUGUCGAAAAGCCAAGAACUCAUGAAGCAUAAGCGCAUGUCUAUAUGCAUAAUGUAAUCUUUUUGGAUAUUAGAGAUGAGGUGAUUUUAUGUGGUAUGUGCCAUCAUUUCAGGUUAAAGUCCAGUUUUUAAGUAUUAGUGCAAGCUUCUCUGAUUUAUUUAAUGUAAAUAUAUUUUGAUUUUUAAAGUAUUAAAAGUUUGGAGUGUGAAUCAGAGGAACUUACAUUUUAUUCUCGAUCGUGCGUUGGCUGACCUCUUUUAUGAGGCCCGCACUCAUUAUUCUAUCGACUCAUCCCAUAUGUGAAGGUAUGGAAGAUAUAUGACAUCAUUCAUUCGUAAUAUUCACCAGAAUGCAUAAAAUAAUAAUUAUUCUAAAUGACGUGCACGAUUGAGAAAUUUACUUAGUUCCUGAGAUUUUUCUAAGUCUAACUUUGUGUAUAUAAUUUGAAAAUUUUAAAUGUCUUUCUUUUGAAAUGUAAUCAAACGUAGAAAAGACAAAGAAAAAAAAUAUACUCAAAAAUUUCAAAUGCAA